GCGUGGUAUGCGUAACUUGAAUUUGAAAUGUUUGUUGUGUUGUGUUUAUUAUUUGAUUUAACACCCCUAUAGGCCCUAUAUUUAUUUGCUUUAUGAAACUAUAAAAGCUUGUGAAGCUUAAAAACAUGAAUAAGCUGAAGGGCAAGUUUGGUGCUUCCACCAAGCCAUCCCCAAUUGAUGAAAAAAGCAGCGAAACCUCAGACACUAUAGGUAAUUUCAGAACUGCAGUGAUAAGAAACAUGAUUGCUCAGGAACAAGUUGAAGGCCUUAUUCACCCAGUAACAUAUGAGCAAAAAAUACAAUCCAGAUUUAUAGACCGUCAUGUGCAGCUCAAAAGUGGCAAAACAGAGGCUGACUAUUCUUUAGAAGAUCUUGCCUUUGCCCUGUCAAUGUACAGGAAUUGUGGACAUUUGCCUCCAUUGUGGACAAGUUUCUUGGUUGUACCAUCGAAACCUGUUAUGGCAAGCUUACUAAUGCAGUUGAUUUCCUCAAAUCCUGGAUUUGAUGAUGUAUGUUUUGAAGUUAUUAAGGCAGAGGCCAAGCAACUUAAGGAUGAUGACAAACUUUGUAUGUUGCUCUUUGAUGAAAUUGUUAUUUGCCCUACUUUGUGUAGGAAAGAGGGACAAUAUAGCAUUUUAGGGUUUGAAGAUUUUGGGUAUAGAAGGGGUGGAGAUAUUGCCACUCAUGCACAGGUGUUUAUGUUAACAAACCUAAAAAGGAAGUGGACCCAUCCGGUAUUUUACAGUUUUUCCCAUGGCCCUAUCAAGCCUGCAGAUAUUAUAAAAAUAUUAGAAUUAAUUCUUGGAAGAUGUUCUAGUACUACAUUAAAAAUAAUUUCGAUUAUAUGUAAGCACAAACCAAAUAAUAUUGAAGCGAUUAAAACAUUAUUAAGGACAACUAAAGAGGCUCGCAUUAGAACGGGAAUUGACGAUAGAGCAGAUAGUACUAUUGACUUUGAUGGACAAGAAAUAGUUCCCCUCUAUGACGUAAAGCAAUUAUUUACUGGAAUAAGGAAUAAUUUCUUGAGCAGCAAUAUUCAUUUUGUGGAUCAAAAUGUGGAAAAAAUAGCCAAGUGGGAACAUAUUAAGGAAAUGUAUGAGAUGCCUGGGAUUAAACUUUCUCAAAAGUUGACAGAUAAGCAUAUUUAUCCUGACAAGAUCAAUAAAAAUGAUGUGCUUACGAGCUUGCAAGUUUUUAGCCAGAGAGUAGCUACUAAUAUAUUAAUUCCUGCAAAAAUGGCUGCUUUACAAAAAAGACCACCACCUGAUUCACUACAAACAUCCCAUCUGUUGUUUUUUUUGGAUCAGCUUUAUGACAGUUUAAACGGAUGCGAUUCUGAACCCGACGAGUCAAAGCCACUGAGAUCAACCGCAACUGCUAAAUCUCCUCAUCUUCAGUUUUGGGAAGAUGCGGUAGUAAAACUUGAAACAUUUAAAUUCAAAAAACAGGGAGCGUCUUUCAAAUCAUCUGCUCUAAAAUGUUUGAUCCUGACCACAAAGAAUUUUAUAUACCUUUUUAAAAAACUGCAAGAUCAAAAUAUGAAUGCUUUCAAUCAGCAAAAGUUAAGCUUAGAAAAGCUGGAGAAGUUUAUGAAUAACGUUACAAAUAAAAGAAUUUCAACGGUAGAACGGUUUCAAAGGCAUUAUCAUUUUAACAAGAUUCGUAGUUUUUUGGGAGGAAAUCCUGUCUCUAAAAGGUAUAACAACAGUAACCAGAAUAAUUCUGAAGUAUUCGAAAUUCUACAAAAAAUACUGUUAUCGCAACUUAAUGAAGACUUAAAGGUAGAAAAGUUCUCUAAAAUACCGGCAUUGGAAUUAUUUGGAAUUCAAGAUUAUCCCUUAGAUCGUAAGCUGAUAUCGGUUUUACGAUACUUUAUCUCUAAGACCUGCACGGAUCAAUGCAAAAAAGUAAUUUAUGAAAGAAGUUUUAAAAUGAUCAAGGAUCCAAAAGACAACCGCUCUAUCAAAACUUUGCUGGUAAACUUACAAUUCAGCGAUCAGAUUAGGAACGCGUGUACUUUAAUUAAGUUUAUGUUGGGUAAAGAUCUGCAUAAAAGGCGAGUGUUGAAUCAUGUUAUGAAUUAUGUGUCCAACGAAAUUCAGUUUACGUAUUGCGAACACUCUGAAAAAAUUACGAAGUUAAUCGUAAAUCAUUUGAUAAAAAUUAAUACUGAAAAAUAUAUAGACCAAAUAAAUGAAGUUUUAAAAGGUAAAUAUUUCAAGCAUUGGCCUAGUAACUCGUCCACUUACUUAAAAAAAGCCGAUAAACUGGGUAAAAAAAGUCGUUAGUUCUAUUUAAUUAAUUGAUAUAUAUGUCGUAAGUAAUCGGCAUAAGACGCAAAGUCAUUACACGUACUGCCGGCAAACGCCGUAAUAGAAAUAUUAUUACCUUGUUUGAUUAAAAUACUGACCUACCCUGUGUGUUUUAGGCUAACGCUGUAUAGCUGCCGUCAACAGUAAUCAACUAUAAUUGUCCGAAUGACAACGGUCUACGGUUGUAUGUUCAGUCAUUUAUUAUUGCAAAUAUAUCAAUUCUUAAGAAUACAGUCAGAAUUAUUAGUUCUAGACCGAUGAAAAUUGACAAAGUUGCAUUUUUAAUUCAUGCUAUAAUAUGUACGGAUAAAAAUAGAACUUAAACUUGUCAUAUAUUUUCUUUGUUUGGAUUAAAGUUAUAUGUGUUUUCUAAAUUUAAUAUCUAGUUAAGAAAUGUAGAGGAAAGGCGGGCAAAAUGGGGUAGUUUGUCUCCAAAUAAAGAUAACUUUAGUAUUAAUUGACACAGAAACUUUAAUUAACGAAAAAAUAAUUUCUACAUAUCAUGCCUAAGUUAUAAGAGCUUUAAAUAAAAUAAAAAAUAUACAAGUUCUUUGUUACAGUAACUUUAGCAAAACAAUGCUAAUUGCCCUGUUUUGCCCGCACGGUCGGGCAAAAUGGGAUUGGAUCUUACUUGCAUAACUCACAAACUAAAACGGCUUCGUCAUCUUCGUCUUCAAAUCCUGCGUAUGAGUUAUGGGCCCAGUCGUGACACAUUGAGCAUGCUAUCCAUCCUUCCGUUGACGAAGAGUACAUUUCUCCACAGUAGAGGCACUCCGCAUCACUGACUUCACUCUCCCUUGAGUCAUUAUUUUUCAGAAUAGUGGAGGCUUUAGUAAUUUUUUUCUUUUUUGGUGAUGGUGCAAGGUUUUUCUUCACAAGAGCUUUAGAAUUUUUAUUCUUUUUUUGCUCAGCUUCCUCUAGCUCGUUUUUGUAAGGCGAAGACGAUAAAAUAGCAGUCUUUCCUCUUUUACGAGAAACUCUUUUCUCAGUUUGUUUUAUUUUAGGUAUUGGAAUUAUACCCUCAGGACUAACAAUCUUAAAGCUUACCUCUGAAUCUUUUGAUGUACCUGGUUUGGAAAUAUCAAUUGGUUCUAGAGUUUUUUCUUUAAGUAAAUUAAUUUCCGAUAGUUACGUUUCAUUCAUACUUUCACUAUUAUUGUUUUUAGGUGGUAAGUUUUUAUUUUGUUUAAUAUUUGUUGUUUCGGAAGGCAAAAAGUCUGCAUCAGUGAAAACAUCUUUAUUAACUGGCCAAACUCCAGUUUUUAAAAAUCCAUUCAUGGCAGUAAGCGGUGUGGCUGCUCUGAGGUAAGCUACACAAAAUAAUUUAGUUAUUUGUUGUAAGGUAACUAACUACACGACCAGGAUUAGCUCUAAGCCAUUUGCGUACUUCUUCAGCGUAAUAGGUACUUAUUGGUUUCAUUAAAGCUACAUCUAGGGCUUGUAGCCGAUGGGUGCAAUGGGGAGGGUAGCAGAUCAAAAUAACUGUAUGUUCCCUGGCGUAAUUAAUAACUUCCAGGUUUUUUGUGUGAGAUGAAUGGUCCAUCCAAAAGAAGCAGAAUUGGUCGGUCUUUUGAGGGCUUGGCAAAUUCAACAAAUUUUUUGAACCAAGUAAAGAAUACAUUUUUAUCCAUCCACCCACUAUCAUUUAGCCCUACCCAACCGCCAGGAACAAUUCCAUCCAUGAAAGCUUGUUGCAUUUUUUUUUCUACCAAAUAUGAACAUGGGAGGCAUGUAUGCUCCUGAAGCCGAAAAGCAUAUUUCAACAGUGACGGCCUCACCCCUCUCCCCUGACGUCAAGGCUCCGACUUGUCUUUUCCCUUUAGUGGCAAUAAUUUUAGACAUUCCCUUUGGAUUAACUGACACUCUGGUUUCGUCCACAUUAUAGAUUUUAUAGGCUGUCAGUUGAUAUUUAUCUACAGUUUCGAUAAGUAAGUUGAAAAAAUUACCUACAGCCACUUUAUUAAACCCCAUUGCUCGAGCUUCAGAUAUUGCUUCUGGUGUUCUGAUUGAAAGUUCUGGGUGUCGACGCAAAAAACUCUGCAUCCAAUCCUUCCCAGCCAUGGCAAGUUCUUUAUUAAACGAAUGAUCAAGUUCAUUGAGCUCAGCUAAUUGAAAUGCUAAACGCCUGCAUUCAGUCAUCGUUAAUCCAAACAAUCUUUUUUCCAUGUGCAUUAAAUAAUUUGCAAGGUCCUGUUCCUGUUCAGAAGUGAAUAUUGCCUUAAAACGUCCCAAAGAUUUAGUAACAACAUACCCGGGAUUUUCCCUAGCUUUUUUAAUGUGGCGCUCUAAUGUAGAUUGAGGCACAUUAAAACUGGUAGAUGCUCUGUAGUACCCCAUUUUGCCAUUUAAUACUGCUAUUACAGCAUUCUGCAUACUGUCCGUGGACCAUUCGUGUCGGUCAGAAUGGCGGUUGUACUUAAACACCAUCUGAAAAUAAUAAUAAUUAUUAUUGUUUUAUAUUGGGCGGAUAAAAUAGGGUAGUACCCGAUUUUGCCCAAAUGCACAUUUUGAGGUUAGGUAUAUUUUUUCCCUGUUCGAUUAAAAAAUUACUAAACAUUUUUACACAGAAAUAUGCCUAAAUGUGUAUACUUUUCCAUAUAGAAUAACAGUUAAAUAUAAAUUACAAUUAUGGUUCACUUACCUUUUAUUAAAUUAUUGACGAAAAUAUACCUGCACCUCUAAAACAAACAGCGCUCGACCGACGGAUAUUCACGCAGCUUCUGAAGUGACAGCGCUUUUUGCCAUCGAUCGGGCAUGGUCUUAAACUAAGCUGUACGAACUUUCGGAUAGAUGGUGCUAGCUGUACUAAAAAUAAUCACGGCACCCGUUUUGCCCGCCUUUCCCCUAUUCUUAUUUUACUCUUAAAGAACGCUUUAAAUUAAUUUUAAAACGUUUCAAAAAUUACAACAAUAUAGCGGGCUGGGAAGGUCGGGAAGACUUUUCUCCAGAAUUGAAAAUGCCUUUUUUUGUCGAAGAGUUAUGCAUUUCGAUGAGUUCACUCAUCAUCAUCAGACUCUAACACUACAGCUGUAUGUAAACAUCACAGCUAUGUAGUGUUAGAGUCUGAUGAUGAUGAGUGAACUCAUCGAAAUGCAUAACUCUUGACAAAAGAUUUGCAUUUUCAUUUGUGGACAAAAAUCUUCCCAACUAGCUAUAUUAUAUCCACUCCACUUCAAGAAUGGCCUUCUACUCACAAAUUACAACAAUUAUCUCUAACUUAACACGUUUGGAUUGUAGUGUAGUAGCAAAUAUAUCAUUAAAUCGUUUAAAAAAAAUAUUGAUAAAUUAAAUUUUAAUACAAUCUCUGUUUUAUUAUUUAUGCUUUAGCUGUGUUAAAACUUAUUUAAUUCUUUUGUUUUUUUUUCGUGAGAGAUUUUUAGCUCCUUUCAACGUCCAUACAAUUAUCAGCAGUAUUCUAAUGAUUAUAUUUUUCUCAUUACAACCAGUGACAAGUCAUCCUUGUGGAUAUCCAUAUUUAUUAUAUAUUAGUGUGAAAACAAUAGUUAGAUACAUAUUUGAUAUGCUAUGCAUUAAAAUAUGUCAAAAACUGAAUUGAUUAAACGUAGAUCGUUCUUUCACUCCGAUGGUAUUUACCGAUGACAAUUUCUGAAAUGACUGAUAAUGUCAGUAAAACCAAGUAGAUAAUAAGGAUUGUAGAUACAGCGUUAACCAGCAGUUCAUCUAGUGACUUUUUCUGGGAAUAUACGACAUAUAAGCAUAGAUCUUUACUACCUCAUUCUUGCCCUAUGCAGAUCAAUCGGACAAGUUUGGUACCAAAAAUUAGUGAGAUAAUGCUAAGAUUAAAAGAUGUUUAUUUUUGUAAUUAUUACAAUAUUACGUUGUUAUAAUAUACUAAUAUUUGUACACCAAAA